AUGAGCUCUCUGUGGCUUGCUUCUACCAUGGACGUUCAGUUUAUCGUCAAAGUGGACGAUGACGUAUAUUUGCACGUUCCUAAGAUGAUUUGGUGGCUGAAAACGUCUUCUUUACCUGACAAGCUAUAUGCUGGCGCCGUGCAAGGCGGGGUUGAAUUAAAAGUUGUUAGAGAUCCAACGCAUAAAUGGUUCGUUAGUGAACAAUUUCUUAACGACUCUUGGUUCCCUCCAUACUGUAACGGGCCCUUUUAUAUUUUAUCUAAAAGCGCUCUUCUCGAAUUACUUAAGGUCUCCUCAAAUGAAGGCCUGACACCUUUUCCUUUAGAAGACGCCUACAUAGGAAUAUUGGCAAAAAGAGUUGGAAUCGCGCCCUUACAGCUUAACGGAAAACAUGUCCUCAUUACCGGGCCAUGGGUGGGAAUUGGUUUGGAAGAUAAAAAACUUAACGAUUUCUUCGCAUUGGGACAUGGGUUGUCCAUUGAACGAAUGUUCAAACUUCAUGCAAGACUCGCUAACUUGAACUUAAUACAACUGUAA